AUGACUUCUGCCAAGGAAAUCCGUCCUCGCCAGGAUCUGCCCGUACACGCCCUCUCCACCUCACCCUCCGCCUCCUUCCAUUCCUCGGCCGGCAGCUACGGUUUGGCCGGCCGAAUAAUUCCUCUGGCCAAUGCAAAGCAACUGAAGCCAUUCGCAACCAAGGACAUCAAGGUUCUGCUGCUGGAGAAUGUGAACCAGGCUGGUCGUGAUAUCCUCACCCAGCAAGGCUACCAGGUCGAAUUCCUCAAGUCGUCUCUCCCUGAAGACCAGCUCAUUGAGAAGAUUCGGGAUGUGCAUGUCAUUGGUAUUCGUUCCAAGACGAAGCUCACCGCGCGGGUGCUGAAGGAGGCCAAGAAUCUGAUCGUAAUCGGUUGCUUCUGUAUCGGCACCAACCAGGUCGACCUUCAAUAUGCCGCCGAACAGGGUAUUGCGGUUUUCAAUUCUCCAUUCAGCAACUCUCGCAGUGUUGCAGAAUUGGUCAUCGGUGAGAUCAUCGCCCUGGCUCGUCAGCUGGGUGACCGUUCCAAUGAGAUGCACAACGGCACCUGGAAUAAGGUGAGCAACAAGUGCUGGGAGAUUCGUGGGAAAACGCUAGGCAUUAUCGGUUACGGUCAUAUUGGCGCCCAGCUGUCAGUACUUGCAGAGGCCAUGGGCAUGUCGGUCAUAUUCUACGACGUGUUAAAUCUGAUGGCUCUGGGAACUGCACGACAGGUGGAGACUCUGGAGGCUCUCUUGGCCGAAGCCGACUUUGUCACUUGCCAUGUGCCGGAACUGCCGGAGACGAAAGGGAUGAUUGGACAACCCCAGCUGGAGCUGAUGAAGGAUGGAAGCUAUCUGAUUAACGCCAGCCGUGGCACUGUCGUGGAUAUUCCCGCUUUGAUCCAUGCCAUGCGCAGUGGCAAGAUUGCCGGAGCUGCGCUGGACGUGUAUCCCAAUGAACCGGCCGGAAACGGUGACUACUUCAACAGCGAUCUCAAUAUGUGGGGCAACGAUCUGCGCUCCCUCAAGAACCUGAUCCUGACUCCUCACAUCGGCGGAAGUACCGAAGAGGCCCAGAGUGCCAUUGGUAUCGAGGUUGGCCAGGCCUUGGUCCGCUACGUCAACGAGGGCACGACGUUGGGUGCCGUCAACCUACCCGAAGUCACGCUUCGUUCCUUGACCAUAGAUGAACCGAACAACGCUCGGGUGAUCUACAUUCACCGGAACAUCCCUGGUGUCCUUCGCAAAGUGAACGAAAUUAUCGGCGACCACAACGUCGACAAGCAGAUGACCGACAGCCGUGGAGAUGUGGCUUACCUGAUGGCUGAUAUCAGUAACGUGGAUACUGCCAUCAUCAAAGCUCUGUAUGAGAGCCUGGAGAGCCUUUCCUCCCGAAUCAUGACCCGGAUUCUAUACUAA